AUGCGGACCCGAAGACAGCGUCACCAGCAUGCUGAUGCCGCUUGGAAGGAGCAGAUGCCCACCCUCGUGGAUGCCUACUUGGCAUGGAAACAUGAGGUGCCAACUGUUGAUGACAAUACUGUUGCAUCUAAUAUAUUCCACGUUGAUGCCAUUGGAAUUAUUGAUUUCGCACGUGCCAUCACCAUUCAGCAACGUCCUAAUGAACCAGCAAAUGUAGCCCUCCUUCAUGUGGGGCUUUUGGGGUGCUCCCCACUACAGCCAACCAUCGCUAUUCACAUAGAAUGCCUUGAACUCUAUCACCAAAUACAACAGUGUCAGUCCUCAUUCAGUAUCCAAGCGAUUACGAAGGUUUUGUGUGUGCUUCAUAAUGUAACAUAUUUUCAGCAGCUUCACAAACAAUUUUCAAAUGCAUUUGACAUCUAUCUGCAAAUCUUGCGGGAAGUUCGGAAUCGUGUUGACCGGAUCCUGGGCAAAGAUCCUGAUAACUGGCAGAUGAACGGUGCUUGUCCUUCCUGCGCAUUCAAGCAGUCUGAUGAGCCAAUGUUGUCACCAGCAUGGCUCCAUGCAAUGGACGGCAAUUUCUCAGCAAAGCGAUUGGACGGCUCAGGAUCCGCUGAUCCACGACUAUUUUGCAGCUGGUAUUUCAUUUCUGAGGCUGAGGUAGAUUGA